AUGGAAAAAGACUCUCAAAUCGAAACGUGUUUUAAAGGGAUGAACUUGUGUAUUACCGCACUAGGCGGUAGAGAACCUGAAGCGCAACGCGACCACUUAGAUUAUGAAUCGGUAUGUCAUUAUCAUGAAGGACAGUACGCUAACGGCACUACGGAGAGUGUAACUUUUUCUCAAGUAAAUGCCCAACAUGACUAUAUUGGUUAUGGUUAUGAUGCUUUGAGUAUAAUCUUAAUCAAUCAAACGAUCCUUGUCAAACAUAUUACAUACGAUCAAAGUCAUUAUGAUCCUUCUUUAUAUAGUCAAGAAGGAGGUGAGGAUACGGUUAAUAGCAAUGAUAUCACGAAUACGAAUAGUAUGGACAUUGAUCAUAAUUUCAAAUUUCUAACUAUAUCAUCAUCGAUCGAUCGACGUCAAUCAAUGAUAAUGUUGCCGCAUUUAUUUUGGUCGAAACAAACUUCUUCAGAAAAAGAAAAUAAUUCGCGUAUUAAUUCGCCAGCUGAAAAAGAUAAUGAAUUGAAUGGGUUGGAAAAUGAGGACCAAGAAGUAAAUAUUACUUACGGAGAUGAUAUUGAUAUUUGA